AUGUCGAUCAAGCCCAAGUGGCUACGAGAUAUUGCCUCCCUGGUCUUCACCGUCUACUAUCUGAUCGCUGCCGAACAAGCGGAUGAGAAGGUUCGCAAGGUCCGGGCUACGCUAACCCUCGAGCACUUACGUGUUUCAUGGAAUAAAGCAACUACGCCAUAUCUCUGGGCGAUGGCAAAAUUACUUCGUCCUCGACUAACCCACUAUCCGGCCCGGGCAAUUCGCAUUCCGCGACCAAAGCACUCUGUUCACAAAGAUCCCGUCAGUGCAUGGCUUUACUUUGAUGGACCACUAAGUGCGUUGCGCGACCAGAAGUGUCUGGUCUUGGAUAUCCCGGGUGGCGGAUUUGUCGCCAUGGGCCCUCGAAGCUCCGAGGAUAAAUUGCUCUCUUGGGCGGGACAGCUGAAAAUUCCAGUACUAAGUGUCGAUUACAAAAAGGCACCAGAAUAUGCCUACCCCUACGCACUCCAUGAGUGCUAUGAUGUCUAUCAUACCAUCAUGGCUACGAAUGGGCGUUGUUUGGGGAUGAGCGGGUCAGCACGCCCACGCAUUGUCGUGACUGGCGAGAGCGCCGGUGGCAAUCUUGCAGUUGGGAUGACUUUGAUGGUACUUCAAUCGGCUAUGGCUCAAGGCUGGAGAGGGGAAGAAGUACUACCACAACCCGAUGGUCUGGUAUUGGCAUAUCCUGCACUUAACGUGAGGGUUGAAAGUUGGAUGACUGAUGAGCAAAUGUCCCUGAUCCAAGAUAAGAGUACACGCCAAACAAAUAGCGGCAUUCUGCAGAGGAAACAAGAUCAGUACCGGAAGCUGACCCCCUUCACUUCCCCUGGGCAUUCGGUCGAAGACCUGACAAAGCUCUCGCCAGAGGAAAAGCAGAAAGAAGACGAAAACAAUGUCGCCGCAGAAGCUUCGAAGGCACUUCGAGACAAGCUCAAGAAGAGUGAGGAGAUCAAUGGGAAAGCUGUUCAGCCCAGUGAAGACCAGGUCCAGCCACUCAAAACUCGUCUUGCUGUUUCGUCAAUGAUAUCAUAUGUCCACGAUCGAAUCUUGACGCCAGAAAUGAUGCGAGCUAUGAUCAUUCUAUACAUCGGGCCCCACCAUCGCCCCGACUUCAACACGGACUUCUACCUGUCACCCGUUCUUGCACCUGACGCUCUUCUAGCAGCGUUUCCAAAGACUUACAUCCUCACGGGAGAGCGCGACCCACUUGUCGAUGACACUGUUAUCUUUGCCGGACGACUUCGCCAAGCAAAGCUACACCUUUUCCAUGAACGUCAAGAUCUUGGUCUCGAAAAGUCUCAACGCCAGUUCAACGAGAAAGACCAUGUGGAGGUUUCUUUGAUCCCAGGAGUUUCUCAUGGCUUUAUACAAAUGGCUGGAUUUUUCCCUGAUGCUUGGAAAUAUAUCAAUCGCAGCGCGAAGUGGAUCGAGUCUAUAUUCGAGUCGACGGAUCUCCAUGAAUCGGAAUAUAGUCUCCUUCAGCUAUCCCACGCAUCCAACACCGCAUCCGAAAAGCGGAAGGGACCACACAAGACGAGUUGGCAGACGAACGGUCAUUCUAGACAUCACUACCGGAAUCUGACAGGGGAGUCUUCUGCAGAUGAGGAUAGACCUCUGGAAAUGGGCUUGAGCAAGUUGACAACGCUUCCUGAGAAUGAGAACCCUAGCGCGAACUCCAAUUUACUCGCACGCCGGAAGAUAUCUCGGUCAUCAUUUUCAUCUUCCCAGCUCAAUGGUGGCCUUUCUAACCUCGAUGACAGCACAGGUAGUGGGAGGGAUUUCUUGGCAAAGCUUAAGAAGCUAGAGAUGACUGCCAACCACGAUACCUUCCAUCCAGAUGAGGUCAGCAGUGCUCCCGAGAGUCCAUCCGUGUUCCGCCCGCGAGGUAAGAGUAUAGCUUCACUGGAUAGCGAAGAGGAUCUGCUUGAUCGGAGAAUGAACGGAAUCGCUGGUGGACUCAUGGGGCUGGGCGAAGGAGCUCAAACUCCAGGUCUUUGA